AGUUCCCAAAAUUUACCUUUAAGAAUAUAUGAGUAACACCCCUAUUAGGCAUGUUAGGAGUGUAACCCCUUAUUUGCAUAUCUGUGGUCAAGCCCAAGGAGUGGGCAUCAUACUUGCACAAAGAGCUCAUUGCUUAGAAAAGGAAAGUUGGAUGCAGUUGCUAUUGAAGAAGCUCACAGCAAGUUGACAAGAAAUUCAUCAUUUUGGGGUAUAUAACAGUUGCUAACCACACACACACACACAGUGCCACACAUACUCAGCUGUUUACACACACCUACACCUACGUCAUAUAAGCUCAAGCAGUGUUCACACAUUACGUUCAAGUCGUGUUCACACGCAAGUUUAUGUUAGGAAUAAAGUGACACUUCGACAUUUGGUAUUGCUCGUCGAUCUUUAUCCAUUGAAUAAAUGCAACAAGGCUUUAUUGGUUGGAACUUUAAGACAAGGUCUUCGUGGUGAUUAUUUAAGCGUCGUGGUGACUUUCAAGUUCGUGUGCGUUAGAACGUUAUAGUUUCCCUCCGUGUAGGAAGUUUAUUUCGUGAGCUGUAAACGACCCUACACGUCAGUUAGCAACUCGAUAUAUAAGUCAGUUAGCAACUUGAUAUAUAAGUCAGUUAACAACUCGCUAUAUAAGUCAAGAUGUCUUCUUCAGAAAAGAGUUCGACGACGAGCAAGCCUGGUGAUCACUACAAGGAUACAUCAAGGGACUCGCCGUCAGAUGAUAGCACGCCAAUUAAAGCAAAAACUGAGCAGUCAGAAGAUGUCGCGUCAAUGCGGCAUUCUUGCCAAGGUUACGUAAGAAGCUUGGCAAGACAGUUUCAAGAACUUGAGUUUCUCAUGCUAAGUGGAGACAACUUCGAUGAUGCUGAACUCAAGUACAGCCAACUUAAAGGUACAUUCCUUCUAUAUGAAAGGAAGUGCAAAGACUACUUUCGCGAACUAUCUUCAGAUGAAAAGCGAGCUGAGAUGAAAUUGUAUGAAUCUCAGAUGCAAAAUAAAGCUGAAUUUGAUCGCCGAUACUCAGAAUGGGCUGAUCAGAUGAGACAACCCGUGGUGGAGGAUCUACAAUCUGAGAACUCAGACAAGCUAUCUGUUCGGUCAUCGGCAACAAGGAGAAGCGGCUCUAGUCGGGCAAGCGGCUUGAGCUCAUCUUCAUCGCGACUAAGGGAUGUCAAGGUGAAAGCGCAUCUCGCCAAGCUGAAGUUAGAACAAUUAAAGAAAGCUCAAGAAGUUAAACGAGAGCAGGAAAGGCUCAAAGAACAGUUGGACGCUAUGGAGAUAGAAAAUGAAAUAAAAAAUGCUGAGGUAGAAGCUCAGCUCUUAGAAGAUAUUGAGAGUGAAGUUGAGGUAAAGGUAAGAAAUUACAAUGAUGUUAAUGAUAUUAUGCAUGUACAUGUACCACAUAGGGUAAAUAAGGAACCAAAUAAGGAAGAGCGACCAACUGAAAAUGUAGUUAAAGAUACAUGUAACACAGGUCUGUCUAAUCUGAACCCUAAUGCCCCAGUAUGGCAGACUAACCAAAAUGCAGCACAGGGACUUGAUUUAACUCAACUCUUUCAGGCCCUGAAUCUUUCUGCAAAUCUCCCAAAACCUGAUCUAAUGACAUUUAAUGGUAAACCAAUAGAUUACCAGUCAUUUAUUAACAAUUUUGAAAUCAACAUAGAAGGAAAGAUUGCGGAUAAUAGGACAAGAUUAAUGUAUCUCAUUCAAUACUGCUCAGGGGUAGCAAGGAGCAGUAUUGAGAAUUGUGUCCUAAUGGGUGGGGACCUUGGGUACAUAGAAGCCAAAAGAAUACUCAGGGAACAGUUUGGACAACCUUACGUAGUAGCCCAGGACCAUCUAAAGAGAGUCCUAAAUCGCCCCCAAGUAAAAUCGAAUGAUGGGGCUGGGAUGUGGUCAUUGGCUAGGGACAUGCAAAGAUGUCAGAUGGUUCUUAGUCAAAUGGGUUAUAUGGCAAAUGUAAAUAACUCAGACAAUUUACUAAAGAUACAACAGCUUCUCCCCAUCCAUCUCCAGUCAGAGUGGGCCAAGCAAGCUCACAGAUUGAUGGAGAACAAUGCUGUUCCGACGUUCGAAGUGAUGACAACCUUCGUGGAGAAGGCCGCUAAACUGGCCAACAAUAUGUUUGGCCAAAACAUUGGGCGGUCCUCCCCGAAGGAGAAAACACAACCUUCGAAGACUCAACCUAAGAGAAAGGGCACCACCCUGACAACGCAAGGCAACAGCCAAAAACAGCAGACGCCGGGACAGGAUAGCAGGCCAAGCAACAAGUGCCCCUGCUGUUCUAAUGAUCAUAGGCUGAUUGCAUGCAAGGUCUUCAAGCUAAAGCCCUAUGAGGACAGAUUCAAGCUGGCUCAAAAGGUAAGGGUAUGUUUCAACUGCCUCCUGCCAUCACACAUGGCUAAGAACUGCACCAGCGAAGGUAGGUGCAGGGAAGAAGGAUGCCAGAAGAAGCAUCACACCCUUCUUCAUUCCUCCACGAAGCAAAGUUCAAGGACAGCUACAACUGGGGCCGGUGAAAGGGAAGAGAUUCCACCUGAACCAGUGAGCGACGUCACAGAAUCAGGUCAAUGCCAUAGUGUGUCUUCCCGAAAGAAGGUGUGCCUGAGAGCUGUUCCUGUGAAGGUCAGGGGCAAAGACAAGGACGUUUUCACCUGGGCACUCCUGGACCAAGGUAGUGAUGUAUCGCUGUGUGACAGGAAAUUAGUGGAGGAACUGGGCAUACAGGGAGUCAAAAGAAGCUUCCAACUCACCACAGUUGACACUGUGGGUACCACCAAGACUGGUCUGGAGGUAAGUCUCAAAGUAGAAAACAUCCAAGACCAUGAAAGCAUAACGAUGCCAAGAGUAUGGACGGUUGAAAGUCUUCCUAUAUCUGAAUCCUGCAUUCCAGAUGGCACAGAUGUAAACAAAUGGCCACAUCUAAGAGGAAUCGAACUUCCCCGUAUCGAAGAAAGGGAAGUACGGAUCCUGAUAGGAGCAGACACUCCAGAGGCUUUCUGGGUGAUGGAGCAGAGGAUUGGGAAGAGAAAGGAACCUUAUGCAGUAAGGUCUUUGCUAGGAUGGACUCUUCUCGGACCAACAAGGUCAGCAGACUCCAACACUCCAAACCAUGUCAACUUCGCUCGUCUGGAGGAGCAGAGGCUUGAUGACCAGCUAAAGCAAUUCUGGACAACAGACUUCGGAGCCUACAUGGUUGGAGACAAGGUAGGAGAAUCCAUAGAAGACAGAAGGGCGAGAAAGAUGAUGGAGGAAAGUACUUCACUAGUUGAUGGUCACUACGAAGUUGGUCUUCCAUGGCGCCAUAGUCCAGCAUUCCUACCAGACAGUAGAAAGAUGGCUGCCUCGAGGCUUCACUACUUGAAGGGAAAGUUCAAUAGGAAUGAAGAGAUGUACAAAAAGUACAAUGCAACUGUACAAGAGUACAUAGACAAGGGCUAUGCGGAAGAAGUUGGACCAUAUGAGCACCAAGGUUCUUCUACCAAGCCUCUGUGGUACUUACCACAUCAUCCGGUCCUGCACCCUCACAAGCCAAACAAGGUGAGGGUAGUCUUCGACUGUGCGGCACGGUCGAAAGGCCAAUCCCUGAACGAUCAGCUUCUACAAGGCCCCGAUUAUACAAACAGCCUCGUAGGAGUACUCACCAGAUUUCGACAGGAACCUAUUGCCUUGGUAGCGGACGUGGAAGCAAUGUUCCACCAAGUCAAGGUGAGCAAUGACGACAGGGACGCCCUUAGAUUUCUCUGGUGGAAAGAUGGAGACACAAGCCGUGAGCCAUCAGAGUAUAGGAUGACGGUGCAUCUCUUUGGUGCUACCUCAUCACCGAGCAUUGCUGGAUACGCCUUGAGAAAGACAGCAGAUGACAAUGAGACAACUGACAACCAUCAGGCAACCAAGAUCGUCAGACGGAAUUUCUAUGUAGACGAUUGCCUAACAUCAGUAAAGUCUGCUGAAGAAGCCUCAAGGUUAGUUAAUGAAUUGAGAGAGCUGCUGAGAAAAGGUGGGUUUAGGCUCACAAAAUGGAUCAGUAAUGACCGUAAUGUACUGUCGUCUGUUCCAGAAACUGAAAGAGCAGCAUCUGUACCCAAUAUGGAUCUAGACAAGUUACCAGUAGAGCGAACACUUGGUAUACUUUGGGAUGUGGACCAAGACUCCUUCGGUUUCCAGGUGAAUAUCAAGGAGAAACCAACCACAAGACGAGGGAUCUUAUCUACUGCAAGCUCCCUCUAUGAUCCAUUAGGGUUCGUAGCUCCCUUUGUCCUCCCUGCCAAAGCUCUGCUACAGAAACUUUGUAGGGAAGGACUUGGUUGGGAUGAGCCCAUUCCAGAGGACGACGAAAGGGAAUGGAGCAACUGGCUCCAAAGUCUCCCAAUUCUCACUGGCCUCAAGAUAGACAGAUGCCUCAAGCCCACCUACUUCAAGGACGUGGUGUCAGCCCAACUCCACCACUUCUGCGAUGCAUCCGAGAUUGGAUACUCAUCAGUAGCUUACCUGCGCCUAACCGAGGAAAGCGGAAGAAUACACUGCGCCUUCGUCAUGGGUAAGUCAAGACUAUCCCCAUUGAAGACAGUGUCUAUUCCACGACUGGAAUUAUCUGCUGCAGUUCUUGCAGUCGACGUCAAUCGAUUCCUGCAAGAGGAACUUGAUGUUCCAGUAAAUGAGACCUUCUACUGGACAGACUCGACAGCAGUCCUGCAGUAUAUUCGGAAUGAAAGUAGGAGAUUCCAUACUUUCGUUGCCAACAGAGUUGCCAAGAUACAUGAAGCAUCUCACGUAUCACAGUGGCGGCACGUUGGAACAAAGAACAAUCCAGCUGAUGACGGUUCCAGGGGCAUGACUGCAAAGGAGUUGAUAGACAAUCCUCGCUGGUUACAAGGACCACAAUUCCUGCAGCAGGACGAGGAGAAUUGGCCAGCUCCACCAGAUGUCAUCCAGGAACUUUCAGCAGAAGACCUCGAAGUUAAGAAGGUACAAGUCCAUACGAUCACCUCAAAGAACUCCAUAGAUGAGCUCAUCACAAGAUACUCAUCAUGGAUAAGUCUUCUGAGAGGUGUAGCCUGGCUACUUCGAUACAAGCAGUACCUCAAAUCUCGGGGUGAUGAUAAGACAGUAACCGCUGAUGACCUGUCGCCUCAAGAGUUGAAGGCUGCAGAAGUUGAAGUAAUCAGGUACGUGCAAAAUCAGAGCUUCCCAGAAGAGAUGAAUGAAUCAUCCACAAGACAAAAGUCAUCUCGUCUGGAUAAGCUCCAUCCAAUCAAGGUUGAUGGUUUAUUGAGGGUAGGAGGAAGGCUUUCAAGAGCUCCCCUAACAGAUGAGGAGAAGCAUCCUAUCAUCCUCCCUAAUGACCACCAUGUGACAACUUUGAUAAUCAAAGAGCAUCAUCAGCAGGUUGGGCACUCAGGUGCUGGAAUCACAUGGACAGCUCUGAGACAAAAGUUCUGGGUCCUCAGAGGAGGAGCAACGGUAAGAAAGAUUAUCGGCAACUGCUUCAAAUGCAAAAGAAGAAACUCUCCAAGAGGGAAGCAGUUCAUGGCCGACCUCCCUGAGGAAAGAGUGACCCCAGACAGACCUCCAUUCACAACCACCGGAUUGGAUUAUUUCGGUCCAUUCCUUGUGAAAAGAGGACGCAGUCAAGAGAAGCGAUAUGGCUGUGUCUUCACCUGCCUUGCGUCAAGAGCAGUUCAUCUUGAAGUUGCACAUUCACUGGAUACGGAUUCCUUCAUCAAUGCUCUAAGACGGUUUAUCAACCGUAGAGGAUGUCCGGACAAAAUAUUCAGUGACAAUGGCACCAACUUCAAGAGUGGGCACAGGGAGCUGAAAGAAAGCAUCACGGUUCUAAACUCGAAGAAGGUCGGAAGGUAUCUUGCCCAGACAGGAAUACAGUGGGAAUUCAACCCACCGGGAGCAAGCCACAUGGGCGGAGUCUGGGAAAGGAUCAUACGUUCUGUAAGAAAGAUCCUAGAAAGCCUUCUGAAUCAGCAGACCUUAACGGACGAAUCCCUCUUGACACUACUAACAGAAGUAGAGGCAAUUCUUAAUGCCAGACCCCUGACUAAGAUAAGCUUAGACCCACGAGACCACGAACCUCUGACUCCGAACCAUCUCCUUCUUUUGAGGAGAAGCCAAUCACUUCCACCUGGCAUCUUCAACAAGGAAGAUUGCUACGUCAGGAAGAGGUGGCGACAAGUUCAAUACAUGGCCGAUCAGUUCUGGAAGAGAUGGGUGAAAGAGUAUCUACCCCUUCUGCAAGAAAGACAGAAGUGGACAAAACCACAAAGAAACUUUGAACCAAAUGACCUAGUCCUCAUAGCCGAUGACAACUUCCCACGUGGUCAGUGGCCCCUGGGUAGGGUUGUCGAAACUUAUCCAGACAAGCAGGGUAGGGUCCGACAGGUUGAAGUCAGGGUUGGGUCAAAAAUUCUAAAACGUCCCAUUUCCAAACUAUGCUUACUGGAAGCUCAUGGUCAUAAUUCCUAAUUUGGUAUCUAAUUUACUCUAUCUCACUCAAGGUUGUGGUUAAGUUCUAUUGUGUAACUCAGAAGAAAUUUGAUUAUUGCGUAUCCAAUCAAGUACAAUUAUUUGAUUUUAGGUAUAUUGCUCUUGUUAUGUAUUUCAUGUAUUUAAUCUAUACAUGCGUUUCUUAUAUUAAUGUUGUUAUAUGCCUGUUCAAGAAAAGUUUACUACGUUUGUUAUAAUAUACUGGUAUCAUGUUUGGUGUGAUAUAUUCACGCCGCCUUUGAUAGUUAGAGAAUGAUCAUCCUGUGGUCAGUUCAUUGGGGCCGGUAUGUUACGGCGGCUAAUAGUCAGAAUUAGUUCCCAAAAUUUACCUUUAAGAAUAUAUGAGUAACACCCCUAUUAGGCAUGUUAGGAGUGUAACCCCUUAUUUGCAUAUCUGUGGUCAAGCCCAAGGAGUGGGCAUCAUACUUGCACAAAGAGCUCAUUGCUUAGAAAAGGAAAGUUGGAUGCAGUUGCUAUUGAAGAAGCUCACAGCAAGUUGACAAGAAAUUCAUCAUUUUGGGGUAUAUAACAGUUGCUAACCACACACACACACACAGUGCCACACAUACUCAGCUGUUUACACACACCUACACCUACGUCAUAUAAGCUCAAGCAGUGUUCACACAUUACGUUCAAGUCGUGUUCACACGCAAGUUUAUGUUAGGAAUAAAGUGACACUUCGACAUUUGGUAUUGCUCGUCGAUCUUUAUCCAUUGAAUAAAUGCAACAAGGCUUUAUUGGUUGGAACUUUAAGACAAGGUCUUCGUGGUGAUUAUUUAAGCGUCGUGGUGACUUUCAAGUUCGUGUGCGUUAGAACGUUAUAGUUUCCCUCCGUGUAGGAAGUUUAUUUCGUGAGCUGUAAACGACCC